UUUUCUUUCCUUUCUGUGGUGUUUUGGUGUUUUUUGGUGUUCGGGAAUGUAUGUCAUGUGUGUUUUAAUAUUUAUUUUGGAAUGAUUACUUUACUUCUACAGUUUAUUAGCUCAAAAGACGACUAUUUUAUUUCUUUAAAAAAAUGUUAAAGUUUGCAUCUAAACAUGACAGCAAUAUUGUUUAUAAAUGUACUGUGCGUCUAUUGGAGGAUACUGAAAUACUGGAAUGUGAAUAUAGGCCGCACGAUAAAGGGAAAUAUUUAUUAGAUUAUGUUUGCCAGCAACUAAAUCUUGUGGAACAGGAUUACUUAGGUCUCCGAUAUGUGGACUGUCAAGCUCAGAGACACUGGCUGGAUCUAAGUAAAUCGAUAUGCAAACAAGUUAAAGAUAUGGAUCCUGUUUUAUUUAGUUUUCGAGUAAAAUUUUAUCCACCAGACCCAUUUAGACUAAAAGAGGAGAUUACUAGAUAUCAAAUUUUUCUUCAGUUAAAACGAGAUUUAUUGCACGGUAGACUAUACUGCGGUACAAAUGAGGCUGCUAUGCUCUGCGCUUUAAUUGUACAGGGUGAAUUAGGAGAUUAUGAUCCAGAACUUCAUGUGUCUAAUUAUAUUUCGGACAUGAAAAUUUUGUUAAAACAAACUGAAGCAAUUGAACAGAAAGCAAUAGAAAUACAUAAGAAACAGUUAAAAGGACAAAGCCAGUCCCAAGUAGAGAAUACAUUCUUAAAGUUAGCUUGCCAGUUAGAUACUUACGGGAUUGAUCCACAUCCAGUUAAGGGUCUGUUGCAGGAUCAUAAAGGCACUCAGCUUUAUUUAGGAAUUAAUUAUAGCGGAAUUUUAACAUUCCAGGGGAGCAGGAAAACGCACCACUUUAGGUGGCCAGAUAUACAAAAAAUUAAUUAUGAAGGAAAGAUGUUUAUUAUACAUUUAAAUUAUAACGAUAAGAAGCAUACCGUUGGUUUUAAGUGUCCAACUGGAGCAGCUUGUAGACACAUAUGGAGAUGUGCUAUCGAGCAAAUGCUCUUUUUUACUUUGCCAACUAGUUCCGAUGCUCCUUCUGUGGUAACCGGAGGUGGAUUGUUCUCCUGGGGAACAAAGUUCAAGUAUACUGGAAGGACUGAAAAAGAAAUAUUGGGUGAUACCGGGUCACCCAGUAGAAAAGAACCAUCAAUACAACGUUCAUCUAGUGUUAGACGGAAAGCUUCGAGCGUUCCUGCUACUCCCUCUACACCUCUACAGCCUCAUUUAGGGUAUAGUAGCUUACCGCGUUCGAGUCACUCUGACGUCGGCGGUUCCCGCAUGGAAUGUAGUAGUAGUACGGGAUUGUUGUCUGGCUUAGAUGGUAAUCCUGCCCAAGCUUAUAGUGAUGUUGCUGCCUUAGAAACUGUAUGUGAGGAUCCAGAAGCAAUAGGAAGCAAAAGGUUACGAACUACAGGUAAAUUGCGGCUCAUUCGUUCAGGUUUAGUCAGCGUCUCCAUUUUUUUUUCAGUACUUAAAGAUGAUUCCAGUGAUAGAUUUAGUGAUUAUUAUUUCCGCGAUUCGUUUGAACAUUCCUCUUCCGACUCUCAAAUAAUUGAUAACACUUAUCGAUACGAUACUUCGAAUCCAUCGCAUCGUUCUAGUCGUAGUCAAACUCCGUUGUCUCAUUCUCAAGUAGAUGGGCGUGUCGCAAGUUCGUACAACGCCACGCCAAAUGUUCAGCAACAAAAUUUUGCCAAAAAAAAGAGAUUUAAUGUAAUCCGUGCGUUCGUGCCCACUUUAGUAACGGUUACUCUGUUUGUGCUUUUAGCCACGAUUCUAAUGUUAGAAACUGACUUGUCUAUUUUUGGCAGUAUCAACAGCAUUCCGGAAAUCGUUGCUUUGAAGUAUCAUAUAUACGAGCCGAUUAAAACCUACGUUAAAAGUAAAAUGUCAUUUUUGUUUUAAUAUUGCUGUCGAUAUUGCUUUCAUUUUUCCAUCGUUUAUAUGAAUGUAGAAUUUGAUCGAGAAAUGUUGUAAAUCGUUACUCCAGUCGUAGCAGAUUAAUAUUUAGCAUAAUCCACAACGAAUUAAAAAAAUUCCAAUUAAAUGCCUUCGCGCUUGCCGAGUUAUUUUCGUCGCUUUGAUUUUGUUUAUAUAAACAGUAUAGCCCAGAUAUGGAUGCAUACAAUAUGAGAAUUGGCGAAAAUUUUUUAAAUAAAAAUUGGAACAUAGGUUUGUUCUUGGCUCGAAAUGAAAAAUAUUCUCGCUCUACUUCGUUUUAAUUGAAACCAAUUAAAAAAGUUUUUAUUGCAAAGUUAUUUUAAAAUGAACUUAGCGA